AGUACUGUUGAGAUAAGGCUGCCGAGCUGUUACAUAUAUAUAAUCUAAAAUUAGUGAAUUACAUUGAAAGUGAAGGACUUUUUAGAGUCUGCACAGGUAAUUCCAGAUACAAUACGAGUACAACCCUCCAAAAUGGUAUUAUCACCAGAAACAUGCCAGUGUCCAUUAGUAAACGAAGGGCCGUCUAUAGUAAAUUCACCUAUAUGCAGUGGAAUAUUAGUUUUCAUGAUGCUAAUAGAAUCUUACUUAAAAAGGCAGUGCGAUAUCGCAACACCGUGCAACAGAAUCGUAUCUGAAGAAAAACCUGACCCUGAAUAUGAUUUUAUUGUAGUUGGGUCUGGAGCAGGAGGUUCAGUUGUAGCUGGCAGGCUUAGCGAAGUAGACAGGUUCAAAGUCUUACUUAUAGAGGCUGGAGGGCCAGAACCUAUUGGUUCACGGGUACCAUCUUUUUAUAGAACAUUCUGGUAUAACGAGCUAGUGGACUGGCGAUACCGAACGGUACCCUCAAAUUAUUGCCUCGACCAAAACGGGCAAGGAUGCAUGUAUCCGAGGGGAAAAGUUCUCGGUGGCUCCACUGUACUAAAUGGUAUGAUGUACCAUCGCGGCCAUAUCGCCGACUACGACGAUUGGGUUAAAGCAGGCGCACAGGGCUGGUCGUGGAAAGAGAACUUACCUUAUUUCGAUAUGACUGAAGGAAACAAACAGAUCGGAUCACUUGUCAGCCAAAAAUACCAUUCAGCCUCUGGACCUAUGCCUGUACAAAUGUUCAACCACCAACCCAAAGCAGUAUUUGAACUACUAAAUGCAAUCAACGAAACUGGCCUGCCUAUUGUAACAGAUAUGAACGAUCCAAGGACUCCUGAAGGAUUUGCCAUUGCACAGGCAUUUAAUGACAAUGGACAAAGAUACACAACUGCCAGAGCAUUCCUCCGAGCUAAGUGGGAGAGGCCUAACCUUAGCGUAUUAUUAGACUCACAUGUAUCGAGGGUCCUUUUCAAUGAAAAACGUGCAAUCGGUGUGGAGUACAUUGACAAAAAGGGUAAUAAAAAAACUAUCCGCGCUUCUAAGGAGGUGAUAUUGAGCGCUGGAGCACUCAACACCCCUCAGAUUCUAAUGCUCUCCGGUGUAGGACCGCGAGAGACUUUGCAAAAAUUCAACAUCCCUAUAGUCGAAGAUUUACCGGUUGGCAAAACCUUAAAAAAUCAUUACGGAGCAACUCUAUAUUUCACGCUGACUAAAUUGGGUAACACACAAGUACUGGAUUGGAAUGUGUUCACUGAAUAUUUAUUGAGCAGAACUGGACCCAUGAGUUCAACAGCAAUUACACAGGUAACCGGGCUCCUAUACUCGAGCUUAGCAGAGAAGCAUCGCAAUCAGCCCGAUAUCCAGAUUUUCUUUAAUGGUUUUUAUGCUGAAUGUUCUAAGACUGGCAAGAUCGAUGAACCUAUUGGUGGUUGUCUUACUAAGGGUGUGAAUAUCUCAGCGAACACGGCUAUUCUGCUGCCGCGCAGCGUUGGAUACCUUACCCUGAACUCGACAAACCCAUUGGAUCCGGCUCUCUUUUACCCAGAGUAUUUCAGUCAUCCCGAAGACUUGGUCAUGAUAAAGGAUGGCAUCAAAUACCUGAAGAAGAUCUAUGAUAGUGAUAUAUUGCAAAAGAAGUAUGGUAUCAAACUUGAUCCGGAGUAUGCAAAACCGUGUGCCAAUUCAGGCAAGGAGUGGUCGGACAAGUGGAUGGAAUGCAUGGCACGAGUAUAUACUGACCCACAGAAUCACCAACUCGCAACCGCGGCCAUUGGUCACGUCGUCGACCCAGACCUAAGGGUCUACAAUAUUGAUGGUUUAAGAGUUAUAGACGCGUCGGUGAUGCCCACACAACCCACCGGUAACCCACAAGCCGCCAUUAUGAUGGUCGCCGAGCGAGGUGUCACCAAAAUUAAGGCUAAAUGGACAUAGAAAACCUCUAAUAUGUAGAAUGUUCAACAGACACAAUUACUGCCAAGUAUAAAAGAUUGCAAAAUCUUAUUAACACUGAUUAUAUGAUAGCAAACGCCAAAAGGAAACAAUCAAUUCCUAAGUAGCAAAACUAAAAUAGUAAGAGUUAAUUAAAACUGAAAUCACAUUUUUAGGACAAGAUCAAGGAGUUAAAAUUCCUUAUUUAUAAUAAUGACAUUAAGAUUUAUUUCGCAUAGCUCCUAGAUGAAAAUUUAGAUACGUAACAAGCUAUAAAAUUUUGUAGUUACAACUAUUUAGACAUUCAGCUGUAUAAACUUAGUUGGGACGUGGUUAUAAGAAAUUAAUUAUAAUUUCGUUGUAAACAUAACGGAUCAUAUAUUACUAAUAAGAAUCGGGACAAUUUAUACAGUGCCAUCUAGUUCCAUACUAAGCGGAGCUUGUAUGUAAUAGUAUUACUAAAGAAGUGAUAGAAAUACUUGAAUACAUUUUUUGUAUAUAUACAUCAAGGUAUAAAAUAGGUUUAUCCAAUCUGAUACAACCAUACUCUAGAAUACAAAUGUUUACCAACCUUGCGAAAAUCGCGGGAAUGUAGUCAUCAAAAGUAAAGCUGUGCUAAACCGCUAAACUACCGAAACCGUUCAACUUUCACUUGUUGAACAUUACAAUCAAUGAUAUUUCUUUGGUACACACCAUCAUAUAAGGAAUUCAGUAUUAGUUCAACAGAACCUUCGGCCUUGGUCGUCAUUGCCCAAGAUUAAGCUUUAGUUUUCUCGUAAAUAUGGUAAUGUUGACUUUCAGCCAAAAAAUGAUAAUUCAAGUACGGCACCUAAAGAAACUUUACGAGGUCUUUUAAAAUUAAUAAGACAAAAAAUAUGUUUAAUAUUCAUGUUUUGCUUUAUGACUUUUAUAUAAUAAUAAGCGCAAAAUAAAUUAUUUCACGUAGAAUAGAAUAGAAAAAUUGAAGUUUUGUACAGUACAGUGUAAAUAU